UGUUUGCUGAGCGGAGUGGGGACGAAGCAAACUCUGUUACUCCGCAGCACAGGGAGGAAGUCGCCACCUCUUCCCCUGACUCUGUCAACGUGCGUGUAUGUGAGCGUGUGUGUGUGUGUGUGUGUGUGUGUGUGUGUGUGUUUGCCUGCCUGUGUGAGUGUGUGUGCGUGAGUGAGUGUGUGCGUGUGUGCGUGUGUGUGUGUGUGCGUACGAGCGAACCUCCCACGGACAAGCUGGUCAACGGCAGAGUGAGAGACCGGGAGUGUUGUAGACUGGUCCUGCAUGCAUUGGUCACCUGGACAUUGGAUUUUGUUGUGGUGACUGCUGGAGCCAACAACACGGUUUAUCAAACUUUUAGCUAUGAGUCUGGACUCUUCUGGGACAGUUUGAAGUGCUCUUUUGGCCAGAUGAAGAGGUUUGCAUAAGGGAGGAAUCACAACCCACUUGUUUGAGAGGCCGGCGGACUCGUGGCUUAACAGUACCGUUUCCCUGCACCAUGGACUAACCCCAACUUCGCCCUGCUGAACCUUCUGGUGUGACAUAAAGCUCCCUCCCUCUGCCAGGACCAGCCAAGAUGGACGCCAAGAGGACAGAGAUGGCACUGCUGAGCAACAGCAUCGCUGCCUACGCUCACAUCAAAAAUAAUCCGGAGAGCUUCGGUCUGUAUUUCGUGAUCGGCGUUUGCUUUGGCCUGGUGCUGACCCUCUGCCUGCUGGUGGUGCGCAUCUCCUGCAAGCCGCGCACCAAGACGCCGUCGCCCACGCCCGAGAAGAAGCAGCUGAAGGACUUCAGCGAGGACGAGGAGGACGACGACGACAGCGACGAAGAUGAGGAGGAGGAAGAGGAGGACGAGGGCGAGGAGGCGGAGGCGGUGGAGAGGGACGUGGAGAUGGCCCUGCCGCUGCCCGUCACCGAGAUCCCGAUCCCCAGCAACCACACCAGCCACUCGGACGGCACGCUGAGCGUGAACGUGUUCACGUCAGCCGAGGAGCUGGAACGUGCCCAGCGGCUGGAGGAGCGGGAGAGGAUCAUCCGGGAGAUCUGGAGGAACGGCCAGCCCGACAUCCUGGGCACCGGGACGGGCACCAUCGGACGAGUGCACUACUACUAACUGGCCCUAGGUGGUGCUAUAGGGACAACUCUGAAAAGAAACUGGCAAUGCCGGGUGCCAAGCGACUUCUGGACGGAAGAACAAACUGUGCUGUUACCAGAGAAACUCAUCUUGAGACAUGCUGGUUAAACGUCUCGCUCGCUGGAGACUUUUAUUUUGAAAAGGUGUGUCAACACAGAGGCCCAACGCUCUCUUGGGUACUUCAUGGUGCUUUGUGACAUCAGAAUGUGAUCUCAUGUCUCCCCAUACCAGAGGGUGUCAAUGCUGUGGGACCACAUGGGGAGAUUCCUGAACAUUCCUCCUAAUCAUCAUGCUUAUGUCAGUCUCUGGAUGUAGACCAAAACACUAGUCUAUAAUGUAUAGAUCCACAGUGUCAUGAACUAACAUUACAUCUGUUUUUACCAAGAUGGAUGAUUGCACCUGUACUGAAAAAACUAUUUGUUUCAACUUGUUUUGAAAAACUGAGGCUCAAUAAUAUUGGUGACACUCUUUGAAAUCAGCAACCUUAUCGUAGUUUAAUUUUGUCAAACUUCAAGCUGUCAUAUGUUUAUUUGGGGCAAAGCUCUCAGAGUACAUUUUGGAUUAAAACAUGAUGCGAAGAGGAGGGGUACUUCAGUCUUUUUAGAAGUUGUGUGGACCAAUAUGGUAGUCAUGUGCAAUUCAGGGGUCAAUCGACAAUUAAUCACAUGUUUUAAACUGAUAGUGUUUUAUAGUCAAAUUAUCACUGUAUACAUUAAUACAUUAAUACCGGGAAUGAUAUAUUUGCACAAAUCUGAUUUUGUAUGUGUCGUUAAAGAGGGACUAAACCCCAAAAUGUUAUAUUACAUAAACACAAUGUCACGCUCACAUUCCCAUGAUAACAAUCAGGAGUGUAAAACACAGUCGGUCUUUCAUAAGUCCCCAUUUCUGCACUCAUGAUGUAAUGUGCAAACAGUAGCGAUCAUUUCCACAGAAUAUGUCUUAAAAUGUCAGAAAAAAAUGCUCUUGUUUCAGAUUUGACAGAUUUUUUUUGUUGAUUUGAAGAGAUUUACUGACUGUGUUGGGGCCGUGACUGCAGUCUGUGGCCUUCUCUGAGAGGUCAGGGCGAAAAUAAAGCCUGGUGUCGCUCCCUCUGGUCAGGGAGUAUUGAGAUAGGAGGCCUCUUGCCCUCCCAGCCCCCUUUUCCCACUGCCGAGCUGAAAAUAGAAUUCCGAGACUUGAAGCGGAAAUGGCCACGUUGUCUGGAGUCUAUGUCAGGGACCAUUCAAAAGCAAGAGGGGAGGGAAAAUGAAUUGCAUUAAAACAAUAAACGGAUGAA